AUUACCGUAUAAAAUCAAUCGCCUUUCGCCCGGACCGUCAGCAAGCUAUAUUAAUGUAAGGUUUUUUUGCUUUCAAAGCUCCGUCCUACUGCUGGUAUUGAUACAGAAUGCAUGCACUUCCACUAUAUAUAUUGUAUUAUAUUGUUCACAUACAAGGCCAAAAAAGAUUUGGGAAGAAAGAGUUUGCCCGUUUUGAGUCAGCGCGAGUGUGGAAACUGAAAAACAUUUUAUCUUGGAGUGUGCGCACGGUAUAACCUGUUCAGCGAGGAGCAUAUCGUGAAGAUGGGUGCUCUCAUCAUCAGCCUGAAUAAGCAGAGAUCAGACCUUAAAAAACUGAUUCAGCUUGAUCAGAUUGUCCCAUAAGCUAUUCUUAGCCUGUGGACGUUAAAAUUCUUUCUUCUACACACAUUUGGACGUACACAUUUGGUUUUUGCUUAGAAGUUGGUCCUGAUUUUGAGAAAAUAAUAAUCGUUGAAAAACUCCUUCCACCUAACAUUUGGCUUCUCCUUGCCUCUUGGGUUUUGUGGGUGCCAUAGGUUUUCCUCCAUAUUUGAUGCACCGGUGAGAAAGGAGCAUGGCAGGUAUAGAUUGUGAGGGGACCAAAUUUUAACUAUUAUUGGUCAGGGAAAUAUGGAUGCAGAGGAGAUCCAGAUGGUUUCUUCCCCACAGCAUUGGCAGCAACAGGCUUUAGAAUUGACAAAAGUGUCACAAGCACAGAAAGAUCCGCCUCUCUUGUGGGCAGUUGAAGUGAGCAAGUGCCUGGCAGGAGCAGAUGUAGAAAUACCCAGUGUGGAAUUGGGCCAAUUGCUGGUAUCUCAUCUGUGUUGGAGCAACAAUGAGCCCAUGGUAUGGAAAUAUGUUGAACAGGCGAUUGCAACUCGUCUUUUGAGUUCACUGCAUAUACUGUCCUUGCUGACUUCCAGGGUAAUACCCUAUCGCCAGCCUCAGCCAGAAGCAUACAGACUUUAUCUGGAACUUCUUAACAAAUAUGCAUUUUCUACUGCUUUAGAAAAUAUGCCAUCAUGCCGAGAGAUGACUAUAAAGGCUGUCGAUGAAGCUCUUCAAAUUUCCCAAGCUUUUGGUAUGCCAGUGACUGAACUUGGUCAGACUGUAGUGCUUUUUGUAUUUACAGUUGUUUGCAAUCUGCUUAAUGCAACAGCAGAAGAUUGGGGCAUGCAAAUGAUUUGGUCAGAAAAACAGCAGAUAUUAACUAUGAAUACAGGACAAAAUGAUAUGUGCCUGGAUAUUGAAGAUGACUUGAAUGACAAAAGGCACUUGCACAGAGAAAACUUGCGGAGAACAAACUCUAUGGUGGCCAUUGAGUUGAUUGGAAAGCUUAUGGAACACAGAAAAACAGCAUCCCUUCUCUGCCUUGCACGUCGGAAUAUGCCUGAACAAUGGAGUUACUUAUUUCAAAAUUUGCAAAUAUUUGAAACGCACUCAACUUCAUCAGAUUCAAAAAUAGUCAGUGAACUGCUUCCACAACUGAUUGGCAGCAUCCGAAGAGGUUUAAGUCAAGAAUACCAACCUAGUCAACACCAGGCAAUCAAAGUACUUAUUGAUGCAGGAUCUCAUACAUCAAUAUUUGAACACAAUUAUGGUGUGGGAAGAGCUGCUGCAUGGCUUCAUUUUGAUUUAAUAAUGGAAGAUGCAAUGGAAGGAAAGUAUCUUUCAGCUCCAUCUUUUCCAGAGAUGCUGGCUGAAUUGAUCAAAUCAUUACAUGCAGUGAAUGGUGCCAGUUGGCAAGAGACUUUUUUAGGUGUAUGGAUUGCAGCUCUUCGGCUUGUUCAAAGGGAGCGAGAUCCUCUUGAGGGUCCCGUACCUCAUCUUGAUGCACGACUAUGCAUGCUUUUGUCCAUUACACCUGUAACAAUUGCCAAUUUAAUCGAUGUAGAAGAUAGAAAUUUUCAAUCAGAUAGAAAUAAUGGAACUUUGAAUGAGCAUAGUGAAGAGAGGAAUGGGUCAGAUAUGAAACGUGCAGCCCUUGUAUCAAGUCUUCAGAUUUUGGGACAGUUUGAUGGCCUGUUAGCACCUCCCCAGUCUGUAGUUUCUGCUGCGAAUCAGGCUGCUGCUAAAGCAUCAACCUUUGUUUAUGGCUUUACUGGUGGGAGUCCAAGCUUUGAUGUUUUGAGCAGCAAUGACAAUUCCAUAAAAACAGGUGGAAGCAUGUGGCACCUGAUUGUUGAAGCUUGCAUUGCCAGAAGGUUGAUUGAUUCCUCAGCAUACUUUUGGCCAGGUUAUGUACGAGAGCUGGUAAAUCCACUGUCUCACACGGCACCAGUUCAAAAAUCUCCCUGGUCUGCACUCAUUGAAGGGGCUACUCUCUCUGUUUCACUUAUAAAUAUGCUUAUUGCAACGCCUGCUUCAAGCUUAGCAGAACUCGAAAAAGUUUAUCAAAUUGCAAUCAGUGGAUCAGAGGAAGAAAGGUUAGCUGCAGCUAGCAUCUUGUGUGGUGCAUCUCUUGUUCGAGGAUGGAAUGUCCAGGAGCAUGCAGUUCGCUUUGUAGUAAAGCUGCUUUCACCUCCACCUCCUCCAGAUUAUGGUGGACCUGGGAGUCAUUUAGUAGCUUAUGCACCACUACUAUAUACUGUCCUUAUUGGAGUGACCUCUGUUGAUGCUGUUCAUAUUCUUUCUUUGUAUGGUGUGCUUCCAGAAAUGGCAGCUGCAUUGAUGCCUAUUUGUGAGGUUUUUGGAUCAAUCUUGCCAACAGUGCCACAGCAAUCAAGUUCUGGAGAGGAAAUUUCAGUUUACUUGGUCUUUUCAUGUGCUUUUCUUUUGCUUUUAAGAUUGUGGAAAUUUUAUCGACCUCCUCACGAGCAUUGCAUUUUAGGAAGGGGAGCUCCGGUUGGAGCAGAACUUACUCUUGAAUACCUAUUAUUGUUGCACAACAAUCAUCUGGCUUCAUCUUUGUGCUCAACCUUAGACAAAACUACUAAGGAGAAUAAACAGUAUCUAGUUGAAAGAUCAUCUAUUUUUGGCUCUAGUUUAUCUCAAAUGAUAAUUUCAGCGAAGGGCCAAACACUUGAUGCACCUUCAUCAUUUGCCCAACCAGUUGUUGUUGAUUCAUUUCCAAAUUUUAAAGCUUGGUACUGUCAGCACAAAGCUUGUAUAGCUUCGACUCUUUCUGGUCUUGUUCAGGGUAAUCCUGUGCAUCAAAUUGCUGAUAGACUCUUGAAUAUGAUGUAUCGAAAGAUGAAUAAGGGAGGAACACUGUCUACUACAACUGGAGCUUCUGCGGGUAGCACUCCAAGUAGUUCAUCAGGAAGCAUAGGUGAGGAUGCACCUCUAAGACCUUUAUUACCUGCAUGGGAGGUUCUGGGAGCUGUCCCAUUUGUGGUGGAAGCUGUCUUAACUGCUUGUGCACAUGGAAGACUUUCUCCUCGAGAUCUGACAACAGGUUGGCUUCAAAGUCUGAUAUCUGCUACUUGAAUCUCACUA